AAAGUUUCUGUUUUGAUCAUCAAAAAGUUUCUAUUCCUUACCUUUUUUUAUAAAACAUUGUAACAAAAAAGUUAUUAUUAUCGUCAAGAUGUUGUCAACAAGUAAAUUAUGUUUAAGAAAAAUUUAUAAUUCAUCAACAAUACGAUUGAUUCAAUCGGCAACAAAACAACAGCCAUUAAAUAAUCAACCAUUAACAACAACAGCCGAAAUAAUUGAACGUGAAGAAAAAUAUGGUGCACAUAAUUAUCAUCCAUUACCGGUAGCAUUAUCACGUGGUAAAGGUUGCAAUGUUUGGGAUGUUGAAGGAAAACGAUAUUAUGAUUUUCUAUCAGCAUAUUCAGCUGUUAAUCAAGGUCAUUGUCAUCCAAGAAUUAUUGAAACAUUAAAUCAACAAUCACAAAUAUUAACAUUAACAUCACGGGCAUUUUUCAAUGAUGUUCUUGGUGAAUUUGUUGAAUAUAUAACAAAAUUACUUAAUUAUCAAAGAUUUUUACCAAUGAAUACUGGUGUUGAAGCAUGUGAUUCGGCUGUAAAAUUAGCACGUCGUUGGGCAUAUGAUGUUAAAGGAAUACCAUAUUAUAAGGCUAAAGUUGUAUUUGCACAGGAUAAUUUUUGGGGAAGAAGUUUAGCAGCUAUUUCAGCAUCAACUGAUCCAAGUUCUUAUAAAGGUUUUGGUCCAUUUAUGCCUGGUUUCGAUAUAAUACCAUAUAAUGAUUUGGAUGCAUUGGAAAGAAAAUUAGCUGAAGAAAGUGAUCAAAUUGCAGCAUAUAUGUGUGAACCAAUACAAGGUGAAGCUGGUGUUGUUGUACCUGAUGAUGGUUAUUUAAAAGGUGUUCGAGAAUUAUGUACAAAAUAUAAUGUUUUAUGGAUUGCUGAUGAAGUACAAACUGGUAUUGGUCGUACUGGUCGAAUGUUAUGCGUUGAUCAUGAAAAUGUACGUCCAGAUUUGAUUUGUUUAGGUAAAGCUAUAUCUGGUGGUGUUUAUCCUGUAUCCGGUGUUGUUGCUAAUGAUGAAAUUAUGUUAACAAUUAAACCGGGUGAACAUGGUUCAACAUAUGGUGGUAAUCCAUUAGGUAUGAAAGUUGCAUUAACAGCAAUGAAAGUUAUUGUUGAAGAAAAAUUAUCCGAAAAUGCUGAAAAAAUGGGACAAUUAUUUCGAAAAUUAUUAAAUGAACGUUUACCAAAAGAUGUUGCUAUCGGUAUACGUGGAAAAGGUUUAUUAAAUGCUGUUAUUAUACGUAAAGAUUAUGAUGCAUGGAAAAUGUGUUUAGAAAUGCGUGAUCGUGGCUUAUUAGCUAAACCAACACAUGGUGAUAAAAUACGUUUUGCACCACCAUUAAUAAUCAAUGAAAAUGAAUUAAAUGAAUGUGUUGAUAUUAUUGUCGAUACAAUGGAAUCAAUGAAAAAAUGAUAAAAAAAUGAUAACGAAUAACAUUCGAUUUGAAUCAAUAAAUUUUAUUUAUUUUGAUGAUGAUGAUGAUGGUGGGACUGUUGAGCAA